CCCACCACCUGUUCGAUGAAAUGCCUUUAGCCAAAAAAAACCUCAAAUACCUCUCAACAAAGCAAAAACAAUAAAAAAUAGUCGAAGAACAUCAUCAAUCUGGACAUCAUCAGCCCCAAGCCAAGUACAACUUGGUCCAAACAAACACCCAAACCACAGCUGACUUCAAUUUCAAGAAAACCCGAAACCGCAGGUAAUGGUUUUCCUUAAUCCUCCCCCACCAUUUAUACCCGACCGAUCAUCGUCACAUCCUAAGAAUCCCAGUUGAUCCGAAAUGGCAACCGAUGAAAGAGCUUCGCAGAUUGUGUUCUUCGAUCUGGAGACGACGGUGCCCAACCGGGCAGGGCAGAAAUUUCAGGUCUUGGAGUUUGGGGCAAUGGUCAUCUGCCCGAGGAGGCUGGCGGAGCUGGAGAGCUAUUGCACCCUGAUCCGGCCGGGGGACCCGUCCGUGGUCCCGGUACGGUCGGGUCGGGCGGGCGGGAUCACCCGGGAGGCCGUGUUUGGCGCGCCCACUUUUGGUGAAGUUGCAGACAAUGUGUUUGGGAUUUUGGACGGGAGGAUAUGGGCCGGGCAUAACAUUCAUAGAUUCGAUUGUGUUCGCAUUAAGGAGGCCUUUGCGGAGAUUUCCCGCCCUCCGCCCGUACCCGCGGGUACCAUUGAUUCAUUGGGAGUAUUGACCGAAAAGUUCGGAAGAAGGGCGGGAAAUAUGAAGAUGGCAACUCUAGCAGAGUACUUUGGACUUGGGCAGCAGAAGCACAGGAGCUUAGAUGAUGUUCGUAUGAAUCUGGAGGUCCUAAAGCAUUGUGCAACGGUCCUAUUUUUGGAAGCAACUCUUCCGGAUUUAUUGAAUGGGAAGUGGCCGGAGGGAUCUUCGCAGAUGACAACAAGGAGCAGAAGUAUAAUGGAAAGCUUCCCCAGACAAAUGAAUCAAAAAUGGGCAAAUAAUUGUUCAUCAAUGGCUACAAGAAGCAGCAGAGGAAAACUGAGCUGUAGAGGGGAAGAAGAAGCAAUAAGCAGAAAAUCUCCAGCUGCAACUACUUCUGUGGGAGGGUACCAAAGAACUGUCCCUUACACUAGAGGAAGCCUGGGAAGGAUGAGUGCAGGAGUGAAGAAUCUAUGGUACAAAGCACACAUAAGACCUUUCAACACCUUGCUAAAGCAUUCCCAUUCUUUGCUAUGAUGACCACAACAUAUAUAUGUGCAGAUUUCCAGCACUGAUCAAAGAUUUAUUCUUCCCUUUUUUUUUAAUUUUCAUUUUCUUGUAACAAUAUGUAAUUGCAUAUAUGUGUCUUAGCAGUUACCAUUCAUUGUGUAUUUUUAUGUACUUAUGUAGGGAAAAAUAAAUAAAAAAAUGUAAUGUUGACUCCAAAAUGCUUGUAUUCUUUGUCAAGUGAACUUGUACAUA